CCCAACCCCUGGGUGAGAGGGGAGUGCUGUAGCCCUCCAAAGGAAACGGAAGAGACGAAACUCACAAAAUCCUCAUUUUAAAACCCCGGGGCUGUGAAGAAGAAAAGACAACUCUUUGACAACCUUUACACUUUAUAACCACCUAUUUAACACUCCACCCUCCCUUUUUAUUUGUCAUUUUUUUGUUGCUGUUUUUAUUUUUAUUUUGUGGCAGAUUUUAAAGGACCCAGUGCUCAGUUAAAGGACCCAGUGUUCGCUGGAUUAGAGAUGCCCCCCCAGCCGGAGGUGAACAAACAUUUCUGGGACUUCCUAAAGAGUUUUCUCGGCAUUAUCCGAAUCCUCCAAAUCCUUUUCGGAGCAGGACUAUGGGUCACAAUCGCCGCCAACAAAUACGAAGGCUCCAUCCACUUCGUCCUGUUCGUGGCCGUGCUCUUCUGGCUCCUCACCCUCACCGCGUUUUUUAUCACUCUCCUGGACAAACAGGACCUUGUCCCCGUCUUGGGAGGGGACCGGUGGUUGCUUAGCAACCUGGUUCAUGACAUCGCUGCUGCGGUGCUGUAUCUACCGGCGAUCGGCGUCAUGAUCUACAAGACAGGGCGGUACGAGUACUGCAACCUGGAGCAAUAUAAACACCACUGCCUGUAUAAAGUCUAUCUGGCUGCUGCCGUGUUCGCAUGUCUGACCGCUGUUGUGUAUCUUGUCUCGUCGGUGUAUGUUGGCUGUAGGAAGUGCCGGGGAGAGCAGACGGUGGUUUGAGAGAGGGGAGGACAGAGGGGGACAAAGGUGGAAGGGAUAUGUUGGAGGACUGGGGGAGGGAGGCAAGAGCUCUCCCUGGAUAGGGGAGAGGGGAGGGGGUAUUUUCUGUCCCACAAAGUGUCCUCUUGUCUUGGCGCAAACCCCUAUAGGUUUGUCCAUAUUUUGUUCCGUAAUUUAAUGUCAGCUUAAUUUCAGUAGUUUAUCAACGUAGGCUACAGUACAAUACUUUUUUGGUACAGUGUUUGUGCGUUGACUGACAACAACAUUCCGAAACCAUGAGCAGUCUACCGGACUUUUUACCAAUGCCUUUGAAAAGCAUACCUCUUAUGCUUUGCAGCGUACUACAAGCUGUAAUAGCAGGGGCAUGAUAUGACAUGCCUUUGAUAUGAAGAUAACUACACCAUAUUUGUUGCCAAUGUUUUUUUAUAUCCUUUUAGCCAGAAAUAACACAUGUCUAUAUCAAAAACAAAAACAAUUAUGUUCCUAAUUAUUCCUGAAGUGUCCUUCAUGUUAAAACCAAAUAUUGAUGAAUUAAAAACAAUGUCACUGAACACCAGAGACAAGGUUCUCUUAUUUGGUAAUAACACCUUCUGCAUGUAGUGGCAGAUAUCAUUUACAGAAGUAGCCUAUUGCUACCACUAUUAUUAUCAUUAUUUUGCAGUAAUAGGUCUACACCAGUUUGUUUCAUUAAUAACUAUUUCCAGGGUUAUUUCAAAUCUGAAAAGUACACAUC